AUGGCAUAAGAAACAGUUGAUUUGUGUUGCAAUAUAAACUUUGAAAUCGACAUACACCCACUUGUCAUAAUCUAAAUAUUAGACUUACAUUACAGAAAAUUCGGUGCUUCAAGAUAGGAAGAGACUAUAGUAGGUGGUGCAUUAUUAGGAACAGUUUACACUAAUAAGGUUCAUAUCACAGAAUGUUUUGCCCUAUUGGUUGACCCAGGUGAUGAAAAAAAUGUAUUUUCUGAUCAAUCUUUUAGGAGUAUACAUUUGAUUUUGGCGAUGCUAAAGAUUUAUAUCUAAGCCAUAUAUAAGCUAAUCCACAAGAAGUUUUACUAGGUGGAUUUGUUACGACGAAAAAUUUAUAAUUAGAUAUAGGUGUUGCUUAUCUUUCAACUGAGUUUAGUAAAAAGGAGAAUGGAUUUAAUGCUACUGCAGUAUUAGGUUAGCCAAUAAUACUCAAAAUUAAUCCAACAUUAAAUUUAAACAAAAUCGAAAUGAAAGUAUCUAUUCUAAAUAUUCAGGCAUUUAAACUUAAUCAAUCCUUAAAGCAUUAUGCAGCAGUGGCAUCAUUUAACACUAUGCCUAUAAAAAUUUCAUUUUCAGAUGAAAAUUUAUAAUAAGUUUGGCCAUUCUUAGCUCCUAAUUUACAAUAGAAAGAUUUUAAAAUAGUAAAUACAGCUAAUCCAUCUUUGCUAGUCUCAGAAAAUAUAAAGAAUAUAGAAAAAAUACUUUCAUAUUUGGAAAAAGUUAUUGUAAGAAAAUUUAUCAUCAUAGGCUGGUAAUGAAGUAGGAGAUUAGGAUUUUGGAAGAAAACUCUUAUCUACUUUGAAUCAAAUAGAUUUAAUUCGAAAUGAGUCAGAAGUUUUAUUAAGCCAAGUUGAAGAAGCAUAAUUAUUUUAAUAUAUUGCAAACUUUGCUUAAGGAUAAGCCUUUAUUAAUGAAAAAAUGUAAAAGAUGUGAUUGGAUAUUUUUAUAAUAAUAUAUAAAUAGUAAAAGCG